AUGUCUAAACACUUAGUGGCUUUGACAGUGACCACCCUUCUUGGUAUGGCUGUCGGGGGCUUUGUCCUGUGGAAAGGCAUCCAGCGUAGGAGGAGUAAAGCAAGUCGUGUGACCCAGCAGCAGCUGUCACAGCAGCAGCCGAGAGUGCCAGGCAGGAGAGAGCGGCCCGCUCCAGCAGAGGACCAGCAGCACUCCAGUGCCCCCAGAGCCUCGUGGGUAGAGAGGAUCCUUGGAGCAAAGGUGGCGACUGUGUCUCAGGAGGCGGAGUGGGAUCAAAUUGAGCCCUUGCUUAGGAGUGAGUUAGAAGAUUUUCCAGUGCUUGGAAUCGACUGUGAGUGGGUGAAUUCGGAAGGCAAAGCCAGUCCUCUGUCACUCCUUCAAAUGGCCUCUCCAAGUGGCUUCUGUGCCUUGGUUCGCUUGCCCAGGCUGAUCUGUGGAGGAAGGACACUACCAAAAACGUUACUGGACAUUUUGGCAGAUGGCACAAUUUUAAAAGUUGGAGUAGGAUGUUCAGAAGAUGCCAACAAGCUUCUGCAAGAUUAUGGCCUCGUCGUUAAGGGGUGCCUGGACCUCAGAUACCUAGCCAUAAGGCAGAGAAACAAUUUGCUCUCUAAUGGGCUUAGCCUGAAAUCACUCGCUGAGACUGUUUUGAACUUUCCCCUUGACAAGUCCCUUCUGCUUCGUUGCAGCAACUGGGAUGCUGAGAAUCUUACUGAGGAUCAGGUAAUUUAUGCUGCCAGGGAUGCCCAGAUUUCAGUGGCUCUCUUUCUCCAUCUUCUUGGAUACCCUUUCUCUAGGAAUUCAACUCUAGAAGAAAAUGAUGACUUCAUUGGCUGGAGAAAAGCCUUGGAGAAAUGUCAGGAUGUGGUAGAUAUCCCAUUCCGAAGCAAAGGAAUUAGCAGAUUGGGAGAGGAGGUUAAUGGGGAAGCAACAGAAUCUCAGCAGAAGCCAAGAAAUAAGAAGUCAAAGACCGAUGGAAUGAUGCCAGGCAACCACCAAGGGAGAGACCCCAGAAAACAUAAAAGAAAGCCCCUUGGAGUGGGCUAUUCUGCCAGAAAAUCACCCCUCUAUGAUAACUGCUUUCUCCACGCCCCUGAUGGACAGCCCCUCUGCACUUGUGAUCGAAGAAAAGCUCAGUGGUACCUGGACAAAGGCAUUGGAGAGCUGGUGAGUGAAGAGCCUUUUGUGGUCAAGCUACAGUUUGAACCUGCAGGGAGACCUGAAUCCCCGGGAGACUACUACUUGAUGGUUAAAGAAAACCUGUGUGUAGUGUGUGGCAAGAAAGACUCAUACAUUCGGAAGAACGUGAUUCCGCAUGAGUACCGGAAGCACUUUCCCAUCGAGAUGAAGGACCACAACUCCCACGAUGUGCUGCUGCUCUGCACCUCCUGCCACGCCAUCUCCAACUACUAUGACAACCACUUGAAGCAGCAGCUGGCCAGGGAGUUCCAGGCCCCCACUGGCUCCGAGGAGGGCUUGCGCCUGCUGGAAGAUCCUGAGCGCCGGCAGGUGCGUUCUGGGGCCAGGGCCCUGCUCAACGCAGAGGGCCUGCCUGCGCACCGAAAGGAGGAGCUGCUGCAGGCGCUCAGAGAGUUUUAUCACACAGACACGGUCACGGAGGAGAUGCUUCAGGAGGCUGCCAGCCUGGAGACCAGGAUCUCCAAUGAAAACUACAUUCCUCAUGGGCUGAAGGUGGUUCAGCGCCACACCCAGGGCGGGCUGCGCUCCCUCAUGCAGCUGGAGAGCCGCUGGCGGCAGCACUUCCUCGACUCCAUGCAGCCCAAGCACCUGCCCCAGCAGUGGUCGGUGGACCACAACCACCAGAAGCUGCUCCGGAAAUAUGGGGAGGACCUUCCCAUCAAGCUGUCGUGAUGGCUGCUUCCCUUCCACGUUGGGACAGCUGGGAAGCUGGAGCCAGGGGUGAAAAUUUCACCUCUUCCUGUUUUAAUGUCAUUGUCAAAGCCUGGUGACACAACUCACAAUACUAACCUGUACUGAUCCCAGGAUGCUUCUGGUGGAGCAAGGCUGUUGUUUUCAGGGGGAGCUUAUGGUCUUGAAUUUUAGCUGGGCAGGGUGAGAGUUCUUUACUCCACCCUCUUACUUUAUUUUUCUGGACAAAUGGGAGGCUUGGCCUUCAUUUUACUCUCCCUCUUCUGCUUUCCCUGUACAGGUGACAAAUGAAGGAUUCUGCCUGAAGUGUCUUGUCAAGACACUCAGGUUUUUAAUGCAUUUCCUCCCUGUCCAGCAUGUUGGUUCAUCUCAAACAGGAGCUGUCAAGUAUUUCAAGCCCAUCAGGUUAGGAGGGGAAAAAACGUUCUUCUAGAGGUUGGAGAGCUGAAAAGGGGUCGGAUUCAUAUUCCCAGUUCAACCUCAUAAUUAGAAAUUCUUUGGCUUAGUGCUCUGCGGUAACUCACCUAGUUGGGAUCCAGCCCAUCUGGGUUGCUUCUGUUUAUUUCACAUAAAAUGCUCCCGUUUACACAUUCAGGACCAAAGCAGCAACUUCCUGCCAUAUGUUUUCACCCUAACGCUGGAGGGAAUUCUUUUCUGGAAAGAGGCCUUCAGCCUGGGUGGGGCACAGAGAAGCACAAGAACCAUCUCCCAAGAGAACUUGGAUAAUUUGCUCAGCUUUCCCAUUCGCUGUUUCUUGCAAGCCUCCUGCCCAGAACUGCAAGGUUUUUAGCUUAAUCCCUUUCUGAGAGGAAGGUUAUCUUUUCUCAGAAUCAGUAUCUGGUCCCUUCAGUGUUCCAUCAGGUUUGCAAUACUGACCUCUUUUAAGCUCUUAAUUCUCUCCCAGAGUCAUUUGGUUAGGUUGAGAGGAUUCUCCAUCUCCCUUCAUGCCUGGGAUGCCAAGACUAAUUAAUACGUUUUGGUGUUCAAAACGGUGGUGUUUCAUCUUUCCAAACGUGAGGCCACCACUUGGAGUGCGGAAUCAACUUAUUAGCGGUUAGUAUUUUUAUAAAGUAUUAGGAAAACUUUCUUACCUUACAAGAUCUUAACAAGCUUAAAAAGGAGCUUUAUGGCCAGAAUUCAACAAGAGCUCUGUUCUUGCGGAAUUGUGCCCGAGUUGGUGAUGGUUGCUCUAACACUGGUAAAUAAAACAACUUCUAAGCACAAA